UCCUGGUCGCCGCGACCAAUCAAAAUGCUUUUCCUGUCCUUACCAUUGUCAGCCGCUGCCAAUCGGCGCGCCUCUACCAACGCCCCUUAAAGGAGCAGCCACCGCCUCCGGAGCCGGGGCGAACCAAUUCCUCGGUUGCGGCCCCCACCUGCAGUAUGGAGUCGUCUCGGGGGCGGCCCGGGCCCGAGACGGACCUUCUGGCUGUAGCGGAACAUCAGGCCCCAAUCUUUGGCGGCGGGCCGGGCCGAACGUCCUCUGAGCCGCCCUCAGGCCUCCGGGUGUCCGGGGAGGAAGAGGCCGAGAACGUUGGGGGCGCGAACCGCCACCCCAGGACGUCCCCAAAGACGUCAAGCUGCGGCGUCGUCCACCGGCCGGAACGGGAGGCUCUGGAGAACGAGCCCGGCCCUCAAGGGACGCCGUCUGGGGCCGGGAGCCGCAGGGGGGCGCUGGGUGCAGAGCACGAACCGCCCCUGUCCUCCCGGCACAAGGACCCGGUGCCGCCCGAGGGCAAGCCCGCCUCCGGGAGGGACUGCCGUCGAGGGGGACCAGGCGGCGGGAUGGAUGUUGAGCAGCAGGAGGAGGAAGACAACGACGAGGAGGCGGCCGCGGGCGGCAGAGCCGGCCGCUCGUUCUCCAGCCGUCUUCAGGACAGCCGCAGCCUGGACGGGCUGAGCGAGGCGUGCGGUGGCGCCGGGUCCUCAGGGAGUGCCGAGUCCGGCGCGGGCGGCGGACGCCGCGCCACCAUCUCCAGUCCCCUGGAGCUCGAAGGCACAGUGAGCCGCCACGGCGACCUCACCCACUUUGUCGCCAACAACCUGCAACUCAAGAUCCGUCUGAGCGGCGCCCCUCCACCCCCGCCUUCUGCCCCUGCGCGGCCCUGCCCAGGGCCUGCACCCACACCCACACCGGCCAUUCCCCCCAUCGACCCCGAGGUGCUGCGGGAUCUGGAGCGGUUGAGUCGGGAGCUGGGAGGCCGGGUGGACCGUCUGCUUCGCGGUCUGGGUGGCGCGGUGCAGGAGCUGACGGCCCUCAGCGUGGGCUGCAUCCAGACCUACCGCGACGCUGUGGACUCCUUAGGUGAAGCUGUGGACAUGAGCAUCAAGGGCAUGUACACCCUGCUGGCGCGCUGCGAGGAGCUGGAGCGGGCUCUGCAGCCGGUUCAGGGGCUGGCGCGCCAAGUCCGGGAUAUCCGACGUACUCUGGAGGUGUUGGAGGCCCUGUGCAAGUGACCAGGAGGACAGGAGAGGCCGGGCCUGGCCAGGGCAGGGCCCAGCAGGACCCUAAGGACUCUUCAGGGAGUCCUGGUGGGAAGUGGCCGCUGAGGGGAGGCCUGUGUGUUGGAGGCUCUUCCAGAUGCGUUCAGCUGGCCCGUGCCCACUCGCUGGGCCUUAGGCUGGUGUAUAUGGGGAAGUUCUAACGGCUCUCCUGGUGGGAAGGGAUGUCGCUCUGCUUGUAUUCAGUUGGCCAUCUGUAGCUACCCUGUUCUUCCCAACUCUCCUCCCUAGCUAGAGCACCAGCCCUGGGAAUACAGGGCUUUAGGUCCGCUUGAAGGUGAGGACGUGACUCCCACAUGUAAUCAGGAGAAAGGGACAGAGGAAGCCCCAGCCCCCACUGUGGCUAUCCUGACUCCAGUGGCCACAUCUCAGGUGCCAGGGGCUGUGGGAGCUUGUGCCGUCCUUGGCCAAACACCCCGCAGGCAAAGAUGCACCCCUGCUGAUGGAGAGCCUUCUGCUUCUGCCCUCUGGCCCUCUACCAUACCACUUCCCCAGCCAGAACCGGGGUGCAGCUAAGAGGAAUGGGUUGCACGGCGGAGGGGGUGAGGUGGGAGGCGUCUCACUGCUCUCAGGGUUCAGGUAGAAUGUUGCUGGUUUUGAAGCUCACCUGUUGUGGAGUGUUCUAAUCAGUUUUGGCUUUCUGAGUUUUUGUGGAAUUAAAGUGCUGCUGCUGCGAAGGCUGAGGCUGA